AACCGGCGAGUUCAUCAGACUACAAUCUUCUCCCGAAGCUCGGUUUGUAUUGUAUUCUCCUUUCACCUUGAGCUAGGAGGAACUCGCGGUUUGCACUUAAUUAUCUCGUUGACAAAGCUGAGGAAAUGGAGGAUGAGAAUUCAGGAAACCAGCCUCCACCACAAAGUGGGCCCCCAAAUCCAAAGAAGAAUCCAAAGAGAAGGCAGCUGCAGCAUUCUGCUGAUAUAGUUUUCUCCAAAGGAUCUUCUAUCCAUACUGUGCCCUCGCUCAACAAAAUCUUGAAGGGUAUCACAGACUGUGUGAUUGGCCUUCAGUAUGUGUGGGAGUACCGCAGCCCCAGUAAAUCUGUCCCUCCACACUACCAGUGCAAACUGUGCGCCAUGGCCAGCUUGCAGCAUGACAUUGUUGACCAUGUGAAAGGCUGGAAACACUGCUAUAGAUACAUGAAAAAGACCCACCCUGACAAGAUUACGCAUGAGGAGGAAGAUGCCGUGAAAGACCCUGCUAUCAGAAAAUCCAUUAAAGAAGCUGCGGCUGAAUUUGAAAAGACGGAGGGGAGGGGACAAAUCAAGGUGAUCCUCAGGGAGCCCUUUGACAUUCCUGCUUUUAAAGGACUACGCUCUGCUAUUCCUAAAGCCGGGCCUUCACCAGCUCCAGGAAUGGGACAAAUGGGGCCACCCUUUGGUCCCAGGUUCUCUGAAUCAAGAUUCCCAGGGGAGUUUCAUCCUGAUUAUCCCGUAGAUGAAUUUGGGGAGUCCGGCUUUGGAGGCUACUCCUCCAGGGAAGACUUUUCUGACUCUGGUAUGGAUCGGGGAAAUUUCAUGGAUAAUAUGGGUCGCGGUUCAGGUAGUGGAAGAGACACCUAUAGAAGGAGUGGACUGCUGGAUGAACGUCCAAACAAAAUGUAUUCAGGCGAGUACCAGGGCAACCGGAUGGGUAGUAGCUUGAUGGACAGACCAAUGGACAGGCCGGGAUUAAUGGGGGCAGCUCCAGAAUCUAGCAGCCUUCCCCAUACUUUGCUCACAUACCUGGAUACUUUCAGGAUAGAGAAUGAGAGCGAUGCCCAGCUGGUGCUGAAGGUGACGCAGAAACUAACAGAUGUGCUGAUGGAGUAUCGACUCAGGAGUGUUUCAGGGGGGCCCAACAGCUUAUCAUUGAGUUCCACAAACUUCUCUUCACCCCCUAGAAUGCAAAGCAGUAGCAACCGAUUCUCAGGUGGCCUCUCAGGUCCAUCCCGAUACAAUGACGGUCCGCCCAGGUAUUACAAAUAAGAGAUGCAACAAGUCUGUCUUCUCAUCUUUCUGUACUACAUGCACAGGGGUCAUUGUCCAGAUGUUGAUUUCAUGUACUUUUGAAAAAAAUAUAUAUUUUCAUGCACUGGGUUUUCAGUCUUUUGCUGUCCUUGUUUUAAUUAUGUUUAUUUCUUCAUAAUAUGGCAAGAUUUAUAACGUGGAAGGAUUUACAUGUCUGCUGUUGUAUCCAGCAACUUUACCUGAUCAUUUUAGUUUAAGUUUCACAGCGAUUAAAAGCUAUUAAUGGACAUAAA